AUGCAACUGCUGCUGAAAGAUAUUAAGCGCGAUUUCGACCAGUCCGAUGACGAGGCAGAACCCAAUGGAAAGCCUAAAAAUCCGAAGUACCCUAGCAACCCUGAAACCCCUUUUGAUACUACCAAAACGGGAAUUAGUAGUAAAUCGCAGUUGAGCCAUCCCAAAUUCAUCAAAUUGGCUUCCGUUUUGGACGAGCACUUUUUGAAAAACGGCAAAGACUCGCGCGUGAUGGUGUUUGCGCAUUACCGCGACACGGUAGUAGAGAUUGUCAAACGGCUCAAGAAGGAGCCCAACUUCAAGGUCAGCAUGUUCAUCGGCCAAUCAGAUGGCAAGAACCAUAGCGGUCUCAAGCAGCGCGAACAGCUGGAAGUGCUGUCUAAAUUCCGUGCGGGUGAGUUGAAUGUGCUGGUGUCCACGAGUGUUGGUGAGGAAGGCCUUGAUAUCGGGGAUCUGGAUCUGAUCAUCUGCUUUGACGCACAACAGUCGCACACUCGGCUGGUGCAGCGCAUGGGCCGCACAGGCCGAAAGCGACAGGGCCAUGUGGUCAUGCUAGUCACCGAGGGCAGAGAAGCCGCCAAGUACAACAACUCCCUCCGCACAAAGAACGGUAUCUCCAAAGUCAUUAACAAGAACCGCGGCACUCUGCCCUUCUACGCCCUCAACGCUGACAUGGUGCCACCGGAUGUGGAACUCAAAUGCCGCAUGGUCAACAUCAACGUCACCGCACCAUUCGACCGCAACUACACCACUGGCCGAGGUCAACGCACUUCAAAAGCCCUCAAGAGUCCUGCGGACGGUGGCUUAACGGCAGAAGAGGAGUUGGCAUGCGCAAAAGCAUACGGUGACUGUGGACCAAUACAAUCGCUCAAACUCCAUGCGCACCUGAGCAAACAGAAGAGACUCUCCUCAGUGAACAAGGCCACCCACACCCACCGCACACACACCAUGGCCAAAGUGCUGCAGCUGAUUGAUGAUCUGAUCAUUGACCCAGACACAGUGGAUGGCUUCAUGGCCGACUGGUCAGUGCACCUGUACCCACAUGACGUGUACGCGUUAGUUUUAUCGGACAGCGACUGCCCAGAAAGUCCACUGCCACGCCACCGCAAGACACUCAACAUACCACCACAGUCCAACAAACACAGCGCAUCAGCCAGUGGCACCAGUGUCGACAGCCGCUGCUGUGAGCGAACGAGACCUGUGCAGCUCAGCCGAACACACCAUUCCAACACACCACACGCCCAACCACACAGCGCCGCAUCCGAAGACGAAAUAGAAUAUUUUAUCACCGAUGACGGAAACGCUAGUCACGCACCUGGCAAGCAUCGACAGCCAAUGGGAAACAAACAAAAGCAAUCUGUCCGGAGCGUUCGACCAACGGUAAGCAAGAGAUCACGCGCCAACACAGUGGAAGGACCAAUGUGUAAGAAGGGAAAGCUGGCAGCCCUGGACGAGGCCAUGUUCAGCGCAUUAAGAGAGGCACAGCAAGUAGGUACCAUGGGCAACAACUAUGAGGUCAGCGACGACGACGACGACCUCAUCUCAUUCAGAACACACAGGAAUACAGCACCUGAUCCAUCCCGAGCACAUGCCAAACACAGCAAAGCCCCAGCACAUGGCACCACAACACACACUAUGGGAUCACCAGACAUCCACCACACCACAGCACACGUUACAACAUACACCACAACACACGCUACAACACAUACCACCAACGCACACCACACGGAAGACUCCGACGACAAUGGGCUCACGCAAACGGAGUCACUGGACAGAUGGCCCGGCCCACUGGCACGCAAAGUGAGUGCUAUCUCCAUCAGCGAUGACGAUCUCUCUCCUGAUGAUGAGAUGGUGCACCCACACCGGUCUACGAUCCACAAGAGUCCCAUCGGCAGCCCUGUAGCUCUAACUGCACAGCCACACUCCGUGCAUGCAACGUACACGAACAAACACUAUCAAAACAUCAGCAGUAAGGAAGCGCAUGCAGCCUCUCCAAAUACGUUCCAUUCCCCCAAGCAAUGUGAUAUCUUUUCCGCAUGGCGCACACAAGAUACGACUGCGCUGGUCAACGGCCACGACGACGAAAUCACAGAGACUCAUUGCAACUACGCAGCAACCGAUGACUCACCUCAGACAGACAUGCAUGCCAUCGUGAGAGCUAAGCCAUCGACUGUGGACGACUGCGCACCAGGUCACCCCGUGUGCACCCCUGAGGUUGAUCAUGAACCAGAGCGUAUUGCACACGUUCACACCCCCACACGCAUACAUGACCAUGGCAGCCGUCUGCAGGAUACGGCCCACGGCACAGACAUGCACCGCGAGGAGACUACAUCGGCACAUAACAACACACAUAGCAACGCACAUAGCAACAUACAUAGCAACACACAUAGCAACACACAUAGCAACACACAUAGCAACACACAUAGCAAUACACAUAGCAAUAGAGAAGCCACACCAACAGGUACACACGAUAGGUUUCUAGGCAACGCGUCACAAUCGGUCGCGAAACGAACACAUAAAGUCACCAGUAUCACUGGGGCAGCUACUGAUGGUGGCGACCAUGGUACCAUGGGUCUAAGCUCAGAGAGACGUAGCCGUGGCAGUAAGGACAGCGCCACAGCAACUGCACACAAUGGUAAUGGCAAUGGCAAAGGGGCCGUCACAGCGCAUGCAACAGACCACUGUGCAUGGAAUACCGACGACAGCCACGGCACAUCAGAUUUUGAUUUUGAGUUUAAUUCGAAAACAAAAGAGACCAAUCAAACGCUUCACAACGACAGUGCUAUCGCCCGCGGGAGCGCUGACAAGGAUUCCAUUGGGCGACAGCAGGUGACUUCAGGUGCCGUGGCAGUCGAUGGCCACGCGCUCACAGACGCGCGUGACGAUGGCAGUGACUGGGACGAUGAUGAGCUCAACGCCAUGUGCGACCUAGCAGAGGACAGCAUGGGACUGGCCGAACGCGCCAACGGAAUCAAUGUAGCCGUUGACCGCACAGCCCCGCGUGCACAGUUGCUGGCUACGCUGGGACGAGCCGAUUGCUAUGCUGAUGCGCGUCUAGUCAGCGACGGCCACUCGUCUGAUCACAGUGAGGAUAUCUCAGACAGGAUUGGGAGGGGAUUCGACCAUGAUAGGGGUGACAUGGACUGCUUUAGUGAUGGCAUUGGUGUCAGUGAUGACGAGGCGUGUGCCGAUGCGCUGGCUAUGGCUGAAGUGGCGAUGGGCCUAUCCAACGACAUGACAUACCCCACACACCACAGUGACCACCCAAAGACAUCGGCUGCAAAUAGCUCGCAACACAGUGACCCGACAGAGACAUCGGCUGCAACGGACACAGACUGCCGCAAGAGUGCAGGUGCACACCACGGGCAUCUAAACACUUCCGAUGGCUACGGUGAUGGCAGCGACGAGGAAUUGAUCGUGCAGGGUGACUGUCUUGAAUUGCAUACUAAAAUUAGUCAGACUAGCAAUAGCAACACACUCACGCGCAACACACACUCACGACAACCUGCGAACAAGCAUUUCAUUAGUCACCAUGUGGCUACUAAUAGAGGCACGCAUCCCAAACCUUUAAAACCCAUCAACGCACACAUACCACAACACAAGGGCACUGCCAUGCAACAGCCCAAUGGCACGCCUUCACAGCAACCCAAUGGGGCUCAUGCACGCGUUGCUAUGGUUACAGAUGUGAACGAGAGUUUCCAUUGGGACAGUGAAAUCGACGAUGCAGAUUGGGAGAGUUUGAUGAACGACGCCCAUGGGAUGGGACGAAACGAGCGAGACAUGCGCUCACAACAUCUCAGUGGAAGACGCACCACACCACGCACACGCGCACACGGCACAGCGAGAAAGGGAUACAGCCCUUUCAAUGCAUAUGGCAAUGAUCUGUAUUACAGUUCUGCACGCACACCCUCACACAUGCGCAAGCCACACACGCCCAUGGAUAACAGUCAAGGCAAUCACGGGGAGCCACACGACUCAACCACAGACACACAGCACACACACACAAGGCAAGCAGCACACGACACGGCAACAACAGCAUCAGCCACCGAUCGAAUGACCACAGAAGUGUCAGUGGAUGGACAGGCGAAUGCAGCAGUCACCACCACCACCACCACCAACCACAGGGCGUCAAGCACUGCGCAGCAGAUCACUGCCAGCAACAGCAGCGCCGCAAAUGCUACACUCGCCAGUGCAGCCCUCGGUUACGGUGGCAAUUCAGACACAGAUAUGAGUGUGUUUCUGUACGACGACGAGAUAGAGAGCCUGAUGCGCACAGCCGACACUAAGGCAGCCGCACUACACACACAUCCACAAGCAGAGACGACACAAACAUACACAGAAACACGGACGAACACACGCACAGACAGGCAGCAGCUGCCAUUAAUAGCACAGCAGGCGAAAGCAAAUGCCAUAGAUGUCGAUGGGGGGGACAGCGAUGGACCUCCACAGUCAAUUGGCCGCAGUGUGGGAGAUGUCAUUGUUGAUCUCACGACAUGUGACAGAGGCUGCGUAGCUGAUGGGCUCAUGGCUGGAGCAGGCAGCAACAGCACACACACUAUGACACAUGUGACGGACACAAACACACCACACCCACAUACAACAACUGCACCACCCCACCAACCACCCACCCAACGGGCACUUGCACCUCAACGCCACAGGCAGACAACCAACCACUCGCACAACACAGGACAACCAAGUGACCGCAACACACGCACACGCACACAACCCACCACCACGGAAUACUCACAGCCCGCGGCAAAGCGAGCGCCCAGCACUUCUCUUUCUUCUCUGAAUACCUCGGGGUUUGCCAGUCCAUCGCCGAUUGUAGCCAGACGCAAACCUCGCACAGGCCCACAGGUCAUACAAUUCACACCAACCCCCAACAAAACCCCUCGCACCCAAACACACACCCACCAACACGGCGAAGCGGGUGUGGUAUCUGCGAUUGAAAGCCCCACUUGUGCUAUUGAUUUGGACACUAGUAUCCACACCCACACAUAUGCACACCCACACCCACACCCACCAACACACACAACGGGUGCGCACGGCUCUGCGGACAAUCGCAGACUCGGCCAUACGGCCAAUGCGCCAAGUGGCGGUGAAAGCGGACAGGCGCAUGGGGCACCCAUCUCCACACCCAGCCAAAGGUCGGUACAAGCUGUGUCGUCCGAGCUUCCGCAAAGGCACAAACGGCGUGUGGGCUACAGACGCGUAAUCGCCGACGACGACAGUUGUAUGGAAAACCCAACGAAUGCAUCCAUAGGCAGUGGUGACGCUGAGGCAGCUGACACGCGUGUCAAGUGUCAUGCGGACGACAGACCAUCAACCGAUGGCGACCGAAUGCGAAGGCAGUCACAGAGCCAGAGGCCUCGCAAAAAGGCUCUUAAGCUCAAACGAGGUGCAGCACCUGCCAAUUACACUCAAGCGCUGUCCAUCGAAACUAUACCGAAAGGUCCGAAUUCUCUGGUGCAAUACAAUGUCCCAUUUUAUGUGGAUCCGGCGCAGAAAGCGCUGGUGGAAGAGAAUAAGAAGAAUCAAAGGCGGAGAGAGAGGAAAUGGAAAAAGGUCAACGAUCUGCUGUUUGAUGAGUUCGCCUCCGAAUCAGAUGGACGCGGUGGCCGCCGCAACAUAGACUCAUCAGAUGACAGCAGCGGGAGUGACUCUGAUGAUGCAUUGGAGAGCAGCUUCAUCAACGACUCUUACACGCAGACGCAAGGAAGCUAUCAGUACCGCGACCUCAACAAGCAUAUGCAUGAAGAGGAUGAGAAUGAAUCAUACGCACACCAAAUGGCGGCUGCACAUGGCUACGGAAGAGUUGACACCGACGCAGUGGUGGCAAAGACUGUUCUGCCAGACACACCACAGCACAACAUACGCCUGCACAAGAGUCGCUUCUUCUCCAGUGACGACGACAUCGACGCGUACGAAUCUGAGGGCAUUGACGAUGCAGAGGAGGACGCAGACACGUCGGCUGUGCUCAGCGCUAUGGAUGAGUCUACUUCGUUGGAGGAUGAGUUGGCUGAUCUGGGGGUGGACGAUGACUCGUGGUGGGUCAAGGCAGCGCGCAGAGAAAAGCGUAAGAAGGACAGCGUCAACAACGCGACACUCGCCCGCAUGCGCAAAUCCCGUGAACAGCAGCAACUAACCACCGCCCGCGGUGCAUCAUGCAAAGUCACUGGGCCAAUCGUACCUGAUGUUAGGAGCGUCGCAGGCACAUACAUCAUUCGAAUUGUGCAAUCAGACAUUCAUGAUGCCGGUAGGAGGAAAGCAAUCGGCCACACAAUGAACCAAACGCUGCGCACGGCCACGCAUGUGCACUGUGUGCUGGAACAGUCACCGCCCAUUCUACCCAUGGACACCCUCACCACGCGGUUUGUGGCGUCGCUUAUAGCUGAUGUGCGCAUCCACGUGACCAGCUCUGACUCCAAAGAGGAUUCUCAGCAUAUCAUGGAUAGGAUUAUCCGCAGUCUUACGUGACUUCUCAGGCCAGAGUGCGACCGAGCUUCUACUCCAAGCAUCAAGUGGAGUAUUAUUUGCUCAUCGGCUGAUAUGAUGUAGCAGGUAUACACAGAUUUCAUGGCUGCUUGGGUUAAGAUGCAUCUUUUAGGACUAUAUGAAAAAAAAC